UUGUUCAAGGUCACACACAGAUACUGGCGGCCUUGCCGAAAUAUUGUUCAGAUGAGCUGAUGGGCUUUUCUGCUUGGCGACUGUUACAACACUCCAGUCGGGAAGCCACUGCGGUGCUCUAGGACACGCUUUGUCUCUCUGCUCUGCCUGUUCACAGAAGCGCACAAGACAUGGGAGUGAAACGAGUUGGCAUCUUGGGAGCCGGCGUGGUCGGCCUCAACACUGCCAUUCAGCUGCAGAAUGAGUUUCCCACCUUGGACGUGACCAUCAUUGCAGAAAAAUUCAACCAGGACACCACAAGUGAUGGUGCGGCUGGACUUUUCCGUCCGUCAUCUUCCUUCAGCGGUCCAUCGUUGGAAAUCACAAAGAAGUGGAUUCUGGAUUCAUAUCGAUACUAUGACGCUCUGCGUAUCACUGGGGAAGGCGAGGCCGGUGGAAUCUUCCAAAUCCCUGCCUACAUAUUUUCAAACUACAACGAAGGAAUGGUCAAGAACCACUUGUUAGAGACCGUGGUGCCUGUCUACCGCUCCAUGACGGAGUCCGAGCUCGAGGAGUACCCUGGAUGGAAGUGGGGCGCUUUUUACAAAACCCUGAUCAUGGAGUGCCGAGAGUAUCAGCCAUGGGCUAUUGAAAAAAUCACUCGGUCUGGAGGCAAGUUUCGGCAGGCCAAAGUGAACUCGUUCUCAGACGUAGAAGAUUUUGACGUGGUCAUUAACUGCACUGGUCUGGGUGCCAAGUAUCUGUGCAAUGACCCAAAACUGACUCCCAUCAGAGGACAAAUUAUUAAGGUUCGAGCACCGUGGGUGAAGGCGAGCUACAUGGCUGACUUUGACACCUACAUCAUCCCAAACAGAAACACAAUCACCCUUGGUGGUUGCAGAAACUACGGUAGCUACGACCUUAGCGUUUGCCCUUUCACCAAGGCUGACAUUCAGAAACGCUGUUCUGCUGUUGUCCCGAGCUUGGAAAAGGCCGAGUUCGUGAGGGAUUGGGUCGGUCUGCGCCCACACAGGGACCCUGUCCGGGUCGAGGCCGAGAAUAUUCAACUUCCCUCUGGAAAAAAUCUAUCGGUUGUGCACAAUUACGGCCACGGAGGCUACGGUGUAACCAGCUCGCCUGGAACAGCUAUGCACGCAGUGAAACUGUUCGCUGAGAAGCACGCGGCCAGCGUAGGCUCUGCGCUGAGCAAACUCUAGUGACGUUUUCUAAAAUGUCGCCAGGAAAUAAAUUCUAUUGCGGCUGCAAAUAAAUUUUAAAAAGCUA